UGUGACUGACUUAAGGAAAAAAGUGUAUCACAUAACUCUGUCGUAGUUGUAUUUUUUAUUUAAUUGGGACGUAAAUUUAGGUAAAUUUGUGGCUUGCAACUGGCCAAAAGCGGUUGUGGAUGCCAACAAAUUAGUCAGAGUUAACGAAUCAACCAACACUGUGUUAAAUCGAUAUCUAUAUGUGUACCUAAACGAGUAUCCCAUAAUUUCGAGCACGCGUUUGUAGAGUAUUUUGCGUUGCAAAGAUGCAUUCGCUUAAUUGGACAUCGCGUUUAAUAUCACGGGCGUUGCGUAGCAGCUUCUCAACGCUGCUCGACUCGGCAUCGGGUGCCACAACCAAAGGUGCUGCAAAGCCAACACCAAAUCGAUCUCGGCCCCGAUUCGUUUCGGUGGUUUGUGGCUUUGCCAAGGACAAUCUGCGACACAAAUAUAAGCCUGGCAAAUACGGCGAAGACUCGUGGUUUAAGGCAUCCACAGAGUCCGCGGAUGUGAUGGGCGUGGCCGAUGGCGUCGGCGGCUGGCGCAGCUACGGCAUCGACCCGGGCGAGUUUUCAUCGUUCCUCAUGCGCACAUGCGAGCGUCUGGUGCGCUGCACCCACUUCAAUCCGCAACGACCUGUCAACCUGCUUGCCUACAGCUACUGCGAGCUAAUGGAGCAAAAGAAGCCCAUACUUGGCAGCAGCACGGCGUGUGUGCUUAUCCUGAAUCGGGAGACGAGCACGGUGCACACGGCGAAUAUUGGGGAUAGCGGUUUCAUGGUGGUGCGCAAGGGCGAGAUUGUGCAUAAGUCGGAGGAGCAACAGCACUACUUCAAUACGCCGUUUCAAUUAUCCCUGCCGCCGCCCGGCCAUGGGUCCAAUGUGCUCAGCGAUAGUCCCGAAUCGGCGGACACAAUGAGCUUUCCCGUCAAGGAGGGUGAUGUCAUACUGAUCGCCACCGACGGUGUCUUCGACAAUGUGCCCGAGGAUCUGAUGCUGCAGGUGCUGCGCGACGUCGAGGGCGAACGGGAUCCGGUCAAGCUGCAAAUGACGGCCAACACGCUGGCCCUGAUGGCCCGCACCCUCUCCCUAAACAGCGAAUUCCUCUCGCCAUUCGCCAUCAGCGCUCGACGCAACAAUAUACAGGCGCGCGGCGGCAAGCCCGAUGACAUAACUGUGGUGCUCGCCACCGUGGCGAUGUGAACUAAGUCGUCCUAAUCCCUAGUUAUUAAAUGUAAUUAAUUUUGUAGUUUGUACUCGUUUAGUUUUAGGAGUGAGUUUUGUCUAUAUGUUUAAGCUGCAUGUUGAGAUUGUGAGGACAGACAGACAGACACUUCAAUUGUUAGUUACAUAUACCCACGACCACGCCCACUCAUACACAUACUAAUCGACUUAUCGACGCAUCCUGGCGAGGCGACCCCAACAAUUAAUCCAAGUCUAAAGCGUAUACAAAAUGCCUUGAACCAUAUAUAUAUAAUGUAUAAGUAGAUGCGCUUUGAAAACGAAAAUAUUAUCAGCCGAAAUGAUCGUUGUCGUCAAUAGCAACGGUUACGAGUUCUAAUCAAUUAUUAAAUGCGACAUACAUUACUUACAUACAUA